GCAGUCAUUUUUGAUAGUGCUGUAGCUGUUUUGAUGAAUGGAAUUACUGACAACAGAAUUUUGAUUGAUGUAAUUAUUGCCACCAGAGUUAUGAUGAAUGGAAUUACUGACUAUAGAAUUUUGGUUGAU